AUGUUAGCGAGUUCUUCAUCAACAAGAAUGCAAACAAAACAACAAGGAACAACGAUGAAUGCUUUGCCUUCGCAAAUCAACGAAAAAAUAGUAGCUAUGGUUGGGGGAAAAUCACCAAUCAAUGCUAGUGAAGCAGAUAAGGGACAGUUGGACGCUAUAUUCAUUCUUGGAAUGUUGUUCAUAGCCGAAGGCAGUGAAAGGAAGCAAGAUGCUCUGAUCAUGUUGAAUAGUUCUUACAUUAAUACAAAAAUAAAAUUGGAAUAUGAGAGAAACCUGUUACAAGGUUCGAAGCCACUUGGUUACGGAAAGGAGAUCAAAGCAGAUACAAUUCCAUGGCUUGCAUAA